AUGUCAAAGGAAAUUGAUAUUACUGACAAACCGGGGUUUUCAUACUUUAUUAGCACGCCAUGUGAAGAAUGGGAUGCACUAGAAUAUCAUGAGAAAUGGUGUGCGUCCAAACAUCCCAUUAACAAGGCAACGAUCACGAUAGCAAUCACGCGACAGCUAGAAUGGUUCAUGAAGGAAGGAUCAGAAGAAGAAAAGAAGGAAGCUAACAGAAUGUUUAAGCAAUUUAAAUACGUGGCGGUUGUGGCAGGAAUCACGAGGGAAUACGUUCCGCCCGUGUAUGGAAUACGUUCCGCCCUGUCUCAACUGAGAUUGAAGCUACCCACUGGAAUACGUAUCCGAGUGGCGAUGGAAUACGUUCCGCUGAAAUCUUUCCAUGAACUUGCAAAAGAAGGUGUAAAAGCUGGUGGGUAUAUUGAUGAUUUUUGGAUUAAAAUGGAUUUGGAGAGGAAAAUAAACUUGCAAGAGAUCAAGGUUUCUGCAGAAGUUCGUAAAAUACAGUCGGAUAAAUGCUUGAUCAUGGUAAAGGGUUUAACUUUAUACUUCUAG